GAGAGAAAGAGAAAGGGGGAGAGAGGCACGAGCGCGUCGUUACCGUUAGUCCGCGUUAGGAUUGUCGGUGCACGCGUGCCCCAUGCCUGAUCCCCCGAGAUAUCGAAACGCGGUACCCGAGGCCGGUUCCCCGGAUCGUUGUCUCGCGCUGAGAUUUCAUCUCGCCGACCCUCUCGUCUCGUUCACUGGCGUAUCUCCCGCCCGGCUGUCUCUCAACUUGCCCCUGGAGUAAUCCGAGAGCGAUCCCGCACGAUCCCGGGGCCAGCGUUGAAAGAUCCGCCGCGCAAACUGUAAUAGCCUGCCUUCGCUGGCGGCUCACCGUGGAUCUUCGGCGCCGGCGGCGAACAUCGGAGCUCGACUCCUCCAGUAAACAAGCCCCGCCGCUUGUCAAGUAACACAUGUGCGUUUCUUUGUUUGAUCGGCGCGGAGACGUUCGCGAGUGCCCCGGCGCGUGUACGACGCUCGUAGAAUCGGUGGAGUGCGGAGGGAGUGUGCGUUUCAUUGAGGCGCGAAUUUCUUGUCGACACUCUCGACGACCGCGACGUCGUUUCACGUCGACUCCUUUUUUCCCCCCGCCACUAACUUUCUCACUGUCGCAGCUAAGCCCCUGGAGACGGAAUGGGUAGCAGCAGCCAGCUGUACAGUCUGUCCUGGGGCGAGUUCAGUUCCUCCCUGGCCUCCGCGGUGCAGCUGCUGAGGGGACACGGCGAUCUGGUGGACGUCACCCUGGCCGCCGGCGGGCGCAGCUUUCCCGCGCACAAGAUCGUUCUCUGCGCGGCCAGUCCGUUCCUGCUGGACCUGUUGAAGGUGAGCGCCGUGUCCCUCCGACGGGAGGGACUCUUAACGCGAGACUCACGACAGAACGUGUUGCUCUUUCUCUCUCAGAGCACGCCAUGCAAGCAUCCGGUGGUUAUGCUGGCGGGAAUCGGGGCGGACGACCUGGAGUCUCUGCUGGAGUUCGUGUACCGAGGAGAAGUGAGCGUCGAGCCGGCGCAGUUGCCUUCCUUGCUCCAGGCUGCCCACUGUCUGUGCAUUCACGGAUUAACGCCGCCGACUAUACUUACGGAGAGCGGUGAGGAAGUCCCUGCGUCCGCGCUACCGACGGCGACGAACGACGGGGUGUCGAGGGCGACGGUCAACUCGUCGCACUACCCGCUGAAACGGAGGAAAAAGAGGAGGAAGUCGUCGACGUCCUCGGGAAAGUGGCAGUGUAACACCAGUAGUGCCGCCGAGAGCGAAAGCAGGCCUCUGGACGACAACAACAGAACGAUGCCUUACGAAAGUAAGGACGAGGACGACGCUAUGGAUCAGACCGAUGACGCAGCGGGCAACUGCCUGGUCGGAAACUACGCGAACAACCAUCAGGGCGGCAGUCAUUCACCCCGACUCCACGAUUCGUCCGUCGCGGACAAUCAUCAGGCGGCGCAUCAGGAUCACGCGUCGGACGGCGAGUCGCACCUGCAUACGCUAAUGCCGAUGCAGUUCUCGCCGUUGCACAUACCGCAGUUCCACAGCUCCCUCAACAUGGGCUUUUCGCCCGGCCUGGCACUGUCCGGUCUGGCGGCGGCCACUCAGACGGGGUCGGGCGGCGGCGCGAAUCAGUCCAAGGCGCGCGGCGCCUCCGACUGCCCGGGCAUUUGCCCGCUGUGCGGCGCGACCCUGCGCCAGGCGAGGAAUCUGCGCAGGCACCUGUUGUCCUCGUGCAAGUACCGGUUCAACAACUCGACGGCGAACGCGAUGGGCACGACGACGACGGCGCAGCAGAACUCGGACAACUCUGACCCGAUGCUGACGGAGAUCAAGACCGAGGUCGAGACCGAGGUCGAGGUGUCGGGUUACAACGAUCAGUCGUCGGUGACGUACGGGACCGACAGCGGCAGUAACGACUGCGAACAGAUAGUCUGCAAUCCCACUCUACCCUCGCCGUCGUCGCACGAGCCCGAGAGCGUGGUGUCGUCGCCGGACAGCGUCCCGUCGCCGACGAUCGCCAGAUAAACGUACUGGCGAGACGCACCAACUCGCCGGGAGUAUCGUUGACGAACAGUUUUCUAGUUAAUUUUCUUGACUUCUGUUCGGUUACUGAUUGUGUUGAAGUGAUGCGAUACCCGGGGUAUCGCGGUGAGUGGUGUGUGACACGUGUGUUACGCGAGGACACGGAGACAGAGGAGAGAUGAAAAGAUAUUUUGCAUUACAUUUGUAUAGUUACACGAACAUUCGCGCGGGCGGCUAUUCGUAAUUAUUGGCGUACGCGUUAUUUAACUAGGUCGAAAGUUCGGAGUAUAUUUGCGCGUUUAAUUUUAUACAAGAAUCUUCCAACGUUUUAGCGUAUAAGGCAGUAUCCUAGGGUUAACUGAUGCAGGUUUAAGCGUAAUGAAUGAAGUCCUAUCGUGAAAUUUAUCAUUAUUCUUUUACCAUCGGCUUUACACGAUAAUCGGGGGUUUCGUGCGACUGGUGCAAUUCGACUUGGUCCACUGCGUUUC